CGAAGUUUACUAUCACGACAGUACUUCCGGCAAAAGAUUUUCCAGUCCAUUUUUCCACUGACACAAAAAUGGAUGGAAAUGAGAAUCAUUUAAUAGUUAAUACCACUGGAAACAGAUCAGAUAUUAUGUACAGUAUUAAUGGUGAAGAUAUCAAUUCUACAACAGAAAAUCUAAAUUCUGGUAAACAUGGAAUAGGUCAGCGAGGAAAUGUAACUUUAUUUUCUGGAGAACCACAGCAUAAUGCUAUACCUGAUAUAAGUUUAAAUUCAUGUGGAUCACAGUCAGACAUUUCCAUUAUGUCUGAUGUAGAUCUUAAUUGUUUGCCUGAAGGUGCUGUUGUCAUAGCAACAAUGGAUGGAGAAAUUGAACAACAGGCUAUCACUUUGCCUACAGGAAACUCAAAAGAUGGCAAUGAAAAUACUGUUGCCAUGGCAAUAACAGACAAUAACCUAAAACAUAAGGUUGCAGACAUUGAUGUGGGUACACAAGUCAUUUCAGUUCCUAUAGAUAUGUUGCAAAAUAUGGAUGGCAAUGAUGGACAGGUUAUUACCAUACCAACAGAAUAUACAACUUUAACAGAAGGUGAACAUCAACAGGUCAUCACUGUGCCAACAGAUUAUGCAACUAUGAAUGAUAAUGACUCUGGACAUUUUGUCACUGUAUCAUCUGAAUAUGCAGUUACAAAUGAAGAUGGCCUUGGACAGGUCAUCACCAUACCAACAGAUUCAGUUAGUGCAGUUGACCUUGAAAAAAUCAUAUCUAUGCAAAGUGAAGGAUCAGUAAUGGAAUCUCAGCCCCAAAUUAUUUAUGUUUUGUCAAAAACUGAAUCAGAAAUCGAUGACGAAGGUAACAACACUUCCUUUGUUGCAGUAGUGCCAGAAUCAACAGAAGAUGCUGUGACCAUUGCAUCCAAUCAAAUUGAAGAUGAACGUUUAGCAUAUGUUGCAUUGACACCAGACUCUACCCAGAAUGCCCUGCCCAUUUCCUUUCAGGAGGAAGAUUGUACUUUAUCCUUGAAAGAGCUCUCAGCCAGAGAGAGAAGCAGAUUGAUAAAAAGGGCACAGAGACAGAAUACAGUUUUCAGAGAGAAAGAAAGAGGAAAAGUAAGAAAAAGUAUGCAAGAUAAAAGAAAAGAUCCUGCUUACAGAGAAUUGGAAAGAAAAAAGGACAGAGAAAGAAGACGUUUGUCGAGACUUACAAAUGCCUCUUUACGGGAAAAAGAAAGAUUAAGGGACAGAGAAUAUAAAAGAAGACAAAAAAUCGAUGAUAUAAAAAUUAAAAAUAAAGACGAUGACCUUCAAUGUGAUUCUUUAGUUAGAUACAUGAAUGAUAUGGAUGAAAAAUGUCAACUAACUAUCAGCUGUAAGCUUGAUGAUAGCUUAGAAGAUAAUAUGUAUAGCUUUAACGACAAGAGUUCUUUUGAUGAAGAUCUGCAGACUUCUAGUUUAAGUGUUAAUGGUGAUAGAACAGAUCUGAUUGACCAAUAUGGAGAUAGUGUUCUCCAAUCAGAUAUCUUGUCUGAUAAAGACUCAGAUUCAAGACAUUUUAUUCCAUUUAUAACUUAACAUAAGUGCUUUUUAUGUUGAUAUGUAGACUUCUAGUUUAAGUGUUAAUGGUGAUAUAUUAGAUCUGAUUGGACAAUAUGGAAAUGGUGUUCUCCAAUCAGAUAUCUUGUCUGAUAAAUACUCAGAUUCAAGAUAUUAUAUACUGUUUAUAACUUACGGUAUAAACAUAAGUGCUUUUGAUGCUGAUAUGCAGACUUCUAGUUUAAGUGUAAAUGGUGAUAGAACAGAUCUGAUUGGACAAUUUGGAGAUAGUGUUCUCCAAUCAGAUAUCUUGUCUGAUAUCCGAUAAAGACUCAGAUACUAGACAUUAUAUACUAUUUAUAACUAAAAAAAAAGCAGUAAAAAUUUCAUAUUACAAUUAUUUAUAUGAAUUAAAUGAUAAAUUGCACAAAAUGUAUAUGAUUUUGCCAAAAAAUCAAUUAAUAAAUAUCAAUGUGGAUUUAAUAUCAUAUGAUUUCUUAGCAUGCUUAGUGGAGCUUCAUGUGCAUAUUUUAACUUGAAUUGAUUCAUUUGUGGAUCUUGUACUUUUGUCAACCACCAAACUGUUAAUUGUAAGUUGAGGAGAAAGUUCAAGGUCAUAACUCAUUAUUCAAAAGAAUAGAUCCAUAGAACAAAAAUAUAUGUUGCCUUCAGUGUAUUUCAGUUCACUCAAUGAUUGUUAUUAAAUGUGUUGUGUUUGUCCCCCUUUCAUCAGAAUGUGAUCUGAUCAAUAAAAGUUUUGUUACUUUA